CACGCGCCGGGCAUGCGCACAAGGGAGAGGGUCCACCGAGCACGCGCGGCGCAUGCGCAGAGAGCGGCGCGGCCAGGCCGUGAGGGGAGCGGAGCCGCCAUGAGCGCGGCGGAGCCGCUGGGCGCCGGGAUGAGCUUCGCCGAGAGGCAGCUGCGGCGGCACGGGUGGACGCGGGCAGGCUGACGGAUGAGGAGCUGGUGCGGGUGUGUGGGGGCCGCACAGCACACAAGGGUGCGCGGCACGGGCUGACCAUGAGCGCCAAGCUGGCGCGCCUGGAGCAGCAGGAGCGCGCCUUCCUGGCCGCCAGGCAGCACGGCGCGGGGGGGCAGCCCGCAGCCCCCCAAAGCUGCCCCCCAGAACAGCUGAGGGACAAAGGGAAGAAGAAGAAGAAGAAGAAAAAGAGGGAACAGGCAGCGGAUGGAGCUGAUGUGGAGGAGCUGCAGAGCCUGGAGGAGAGCAGAGGGGAGGAGGAAGAGGGAGAGGAGGAGGGAGCGAGGAAGAGGAAGAAGAAGAAAAAGAGGAGGAAGGAGGAGGUGGAGGAGGUGGCUGAGACAGAAGCACCUCCAGGGGACACCGGUGGGGAGCCAGGGGGGGCUGAGCACAGCCCUGGGGAGGGGAGGAAAAAGAAGAAGAAGAAGAAGAGGCGGAGGGAGGCAGAGUGAAUGGAGCCACCUGGCCAGGGGGGUCCUGAUCCUCUGGUGGUGGAGUGGGCGCCCAGAGGGGCUCGGGGCACAUGGGGCCGGGCUGGGGAGCUGUGUGCACCCCAUGGGACCUGCCCGCCCCACGGGAGCUGCCUGCUGCCCGGGUCACCCCCAGCUCCCGUCUGGCCCCAAGGCUGGGACCAGUUUGCCAUCAGCCCGCGGUGGAGUGACACGAGGACAGAACGACGCGAGGGCAGAGCCCGCGCAGUGCCGGGUUCUUCAAAGGGGUUUCUUCUUUUUACCAAUAAAUUUUUAUUGCAGCAAUCAA